CCUAUCGUACAGUAGGGGCAGAGAUGCAGCCGGGCAGAGAGAAGAAAAUUCAGGAGAACUCUCCGGAGGGCGAGCGCCGGGCUGGGCCAUGUAGUCAAUGUAGGACAUCAACAAACACAGAUAACAGGAAAUGAUCCAUUCUCUGUGGUCACUUAUUCUAAGGGCCCGAACCUUCAAAGUUCAAGGAGGGAAAUGGAUGACUCCACAGGGGAGCAGUCACGCCUUUCUCGCCCUAAGACCAGAGACGAAAUGAAACUGAAGGAGACAGUCUCCAUCCUCCCCCAGAAGGAAAGCCCCUCUGUCCGCUUCUCCAAAGAUGGAAAGCUGCUGGCCGUGACGCUGCUGCUGGCCCUGCUGUCCUGCUGCCUCACGGUGCUGUCCUUCUGCCGCGUAGCCUCCCUGCAAGCAGAGCUGGGAAGGCUCCGGGCGGAGCUGCGGGAGCUGCCCGGCGCCCCCCAGGCGGGAGCCGCAGCCCCCAGGGCCGCCCUGCGGGAGGCUGCGGCCGCCACCUCCGCGCUGCAAGUGAGUCUGCGGCAGCCCCAGCCCCCAGCUCCAGGAGAGAGCAACUCCAGCCAAAGCAGCAGGAGUAAGCGUGGCCUGCCGGAUGCAGAAGAAACAGUCACUCAAGACUGCUUGCAAUUGAUUGCAGACAGUGACACGCCUACCAUACGAAAAGGAGCUUACACAUUUGUUCCGUGGCUUCUCAGCUUUAAAAGAGGAAGAGCCCUAGAAGAAAGAGAGAAUAAAAUAUUGGUCAAAGAAACGGGUUACUUCUUUAUAUACGGUCAGGUUUUAUACACCGAUAACACCUUUGCCAUGGGACACCUAAUACAGAGGAAAAAAGUCCAUGUCUUUGGGGACGAAUUGAGUCUGGUGACUUUGUUCCGAUGUAUUCAAAAUAUGCCUGAAACACUACCCAAUAAUUCCUGUUAUUCAGCUGGCAUCGCAAAGCUGGAGGAAGGGGAUGAACUCCAACUGGCAAUACCACGCGAAGAUGCUAAAAUAUCCCAGGAUGGAGACGGCACGUUUUUUGGUGCACUGAAACUUCUGUGACCUACUUACACACCUUGGCGUGGCUGUUUUCCUCCCUUUCUUUGUACCUCUAAAGAGAAAACACUUAACUGGAAAUACCAAAAGGAAAAAAAAAAAGGUAGUUACCAUAGCCUAGUUUGCUGAAACUAGACCAAAACAGGAAAUUUAACAGACAACCACAGCCAAAGGGUGUCAUGCGAAUUACAAGAACUAGAGCCCGUUUAAGGAAAAAUAGAACUAGAAAGACUUUUCACUAUAAUGCCAUGUUGAACACCUUAGUCAAUAGUUUCUUACCUUGGAAGAAGCACAAGAUUCAAAGGGGCAGUAAUCAUUUCUUCAAAAAUCGUAUCCCACUGUUUGCUAUGGAACAGCGCCUGUGCCUGUAGGACAUUAAGACAUUUGGGGGAAAUCUCAGGAUUU